AUGAAAGUUGUGUCAGUAUUACCUAGGCAUUAUUCUUCAGCUUAUCUCUCCAUACUAAAGAAACCUACCACUAUAGUACAUAGACGGGCUGUAUUACCAUCGUCAAAUAAUUGUAAUUACUCAACUGUAUCUCCUCCACCUCAAAAAUUAUCCGAUAAUUUAAAAGACCUACAUUCUCAAUUAGAUAAAGAUGAAUUAUUAGCUGAUAACACACCAGAUUAUGUCCGUUUAGUCCUACGUUCUUCAGUCUAUGAUGUUAUCAAUGAGACUCCAAUUUCAAAUAGUGUAUCAUUAUCAUCAAGAUUGAACACAACAGUCCAAUUGAAAAGAGAGGAUUUAUUACCAGUGUUUUCAUUCAAAUUGAGGGGUGCUUAUAAUAUGAUGUCUAAAUUGGUAUCUAAAAUGGAAAAUCAGCACAACGUUACUGGUGUUAUUGCAUGCAGUGCGGGUAAUCAUGCUCAAGGUGUUGCGUUUUCAGCCAAGCAUUUGAAAAUACCAGCCACUAUUGUUAUGCCAGUAAGCACACCAUCCAUUAAAUACAAAAACGUAUUCAGACUAGGUGCACAAGUCGUCCUAUAUGGUAAUGACUUCGAUGAAGCGAAGAAAGAAUGUGCUAGAUUAAGCGAGGAAAGAGGUUUAGUUAACAUUCCACCCUUUGACCACCCAUAUGUUAUUGCUGGUCAAGGUACCAUUGCCAUGGAAAUAUUAAGACAAGUAAGGUGUGUUGGGAAUAGAAUCGGUGCUGUUUUUGUCCCCGUGGGUGGUGGUGGUUUAAUCGCUGGUAUCGCCGCUUAUUUGAAAAGAAUUGCUCCUAAAAUCAAAAUUAUCGGUGUAGAAACGUAUGAUUCCCAGACUUUGUACAAAUCUUUGAAAAUGGGCAAGCAGGUCCAAUUGACUAGUGUGGGUUCGUUUGCUGAUGGUACAGCUGUUAGAUUAAUUGGUGAAGAAACAUUUAGAGUUUGCAAAGAUCAUGUUGAUGAAGUUGUUCUUGUGAAUACUGAUGAAAUCUGUGCAGCAAUUAAAGAUAUAUUUGAUGAUACCAGAUCAAUUGUUGAGCCUUCUGGUGCUUUAGGUGUUGCCGGUAUGAAAAAAUAUGUUACUCAUCUACAUCCUGAAAUCGAUCAUUCGAAAUUGAUUUACAUUCCUAUUAUGAGCGGUGCCAAUAUGAACUUUGAUCGUCUAAGAUUUGUUUCUGAACGUGCUGUUUUAGGUGAAGGUAGAGAAGUUUUCUUAUUAGUUGCCAUUCCAGACGUUCCAGGUUCUUUCAAAAAAUUACAAAAAAUCAUAGAUCCAAGAAGCGUCACUGAAUUUUCCUAUCGUUUUAAUAGGCACCAUAAUGACGAAAAUGGUGCCAAGGCCUUUAUUUAUACUUCUUUCAGCUGUGUUGACCGUGAAAAGGAAUUAAAACAGGUUUUCGCACAAUUGGAAAAGAACGGUUUUGAGGCUGUUGAUAUAAGUGAUAAUGAAAUGGCCAAGUCGCAUGGUAGAUAUUUAGUUGGUGGUGCUUCCAAUAUUCCUAAUGAGAGAGUUAUUUCUUUUGAAUUUCCUGAAAGACCAGGUGCUUUGACCAAGUUUUUGAAUGGUUUAAGUAGCAAUUGGAAUUUGACACUAUUUCAUUAUAGAAAUCAUGGGGACGAUGUUGGCAAAGUUUUGGCUGGUAUCAGUGUUCCACCAACCGACAAGGAAAAAUUUGAGGAUUUCUUGAAGGAUUUGAGCUACAAAUAUCAUGAGGAAACUAAUAAUUUAGUUUAUCAAAAGUUAUUAAAAUAUUGA